AUGUUGCUGUUUCGUAGAUUCCUUGUUUUUAAUAAAGUUGACCAUGGUAUGUGUGAUUUCAUGUUUUUACAAUUUUCUCUUUUUGCUGACUACAUUCUAUAUCAUCGAUUUGCUGAUAUUGUUGUUGGUGGUGACAACACUGGCUGGAUUGGUGCUGGUGUUGCUACUGGUAGUGUUGCUUGA